CCAGAACCUGAGAAUGGCGCAGUUCCUUCGCGGCAAGGCCGCCGCCGCCGCCGGGGCGGCGGUGCUGCGCGCGUCGUCUCCGGCGCCAUGGCGGCGGACGGCCUCCGCGUCGUACCACCACACGAUCCAGGCUGUACCGCGGGAGACAGCCGGCCCGCGCGCCGCGGCACGCGAGCGCCGCCACGGCCGCGUCCCGGCGGUCCUGCUCACGCUCGCGGGCGCCGCGCCAGGGAACGGAAUUGCCCACCGGCACCUCCUUACCGCCGACAGGAGGCAGCUCGCGGAGAUGCUCAAGCAGUCGCCCUACUUCCUCUCCACCCCCGUCCGCCUCCAGGUCCGCGCGGGCGAGCGAUCCAACGCCAUCCUCCACGCCGGCACCGUCCUCCCCAUCAAGGUGCAUAGAGAUGAAAAUUCUGGGAAUAUACUGAAUUUGGUAAUGGUGAAGGCAGAUGAAGGAACAAUGCUGAAGGUGGAUUUGCCUGUAGAGUUCAAGGGAAAGGAUGCUUGCCCUGGGUUGAAGAAAGGAGGCUUUUUGCAGAAAAUAAGGACCAGCCUGGUGUAUCUCUGCCCAGCUGAGCACAUCCCUCCAAAAAUUGAGGUGGACCUGACAAAUCUUGAUGUCGGAGAUAGGGUAUUGAUGCAUGACAUUCCCGUCCAUCCAUCGCUCAAGUUGCUGAGUAAAAACGAGACCAUGCCCGUCUGCAAGAUCUUGGCCUCAAAGCCAGACGAGUAGGAGGCGCUGCAAAUACUUCAGAGCUGAUAACAUUGUACCUUUAGGUGGUACAGCCCUCCAGCAGCUCCGUCCCUAGUUCUUGGCUUGCUUUUUGGUCAUCUGCCCCCUAGGUUUCAAUGUGAUAGUGGAUUCAGACAAGCUAUGGGCUUCAAGUAAAGAUACGAAGGAACAAAAUGAAGAAAUAUCACUGGAGAGACAUUGUCUGUACCAACCGCUAUAGAAUAACAUCCUUUCUCAUUCAGUUUGGGUUCAGGGACACAUGACAUGUAAGACGACUAUCCUUUGCUGUGGCCUGGGUGAAUUCAUUCUCUAAGCUACUCUUGCAGCGGCUCACAAUUCAUCGUCCUGACUGCAUGCAUUGUACUGUCAUGAUUCUACGUAUUGAAUGUUGUAUUCAUGC